GAACAGUACACAGUCGGUUAGCAUCUAACCAUCGACAAAAGGAAAGAGCUUUGAUGUUCCAGCGCACUUUAGUGAGUUGUCGGCGACGGACGGCAAAAUGUGUCAGAUAGCUUACAUAGCCUCCAGUGCACGUUAGCUCCUCCGCCAGCUUCGGAACCGCUAGACGCGGCCGGGCUCUCAGUCCGAUUGCCCUGUUCAAAUCGCCUGCAGGCGGCAAAGCGGCAGCUAGAUACGGCGCACAAUAGCGCGGAAAAUCUUGACCGGAUUCAAUAAUUGCAUUGGUUAGCUGGGUGUUAUCAGGAAAACAAAUAUAAUUGUCAGAGCGAUUAGAGAAAAGGAAGGAAUCGACUCCGCUUGUUACUGUUUUCUGAGAAAAGGACUUUACGGAUUUGGCGUGAAGACCCGUCGGACGGAUCGAUCUGCUUCGAGGGUAAGAAAGAUUGGAGCGGAGCGGUGUUGAAAUUUUGCAUCGAUUUUCUAUUUUGUUUCUGGUGCGAGGUAUUAAUAUAUUGAGAGAGGAGAUAUGGUGGUGGGAUGAGGGUGAAGAAGAAGGGGAUAUGGCCAGGGUAGAGUGGGGCUAUCAAGGAAGAGGUAAAUGGGCGUGUUCCUACAAGAAAACCACUCUCAUCAUUUGCUCUAUCAACAUUAUCGUCGCCCUCUAUGUUUUUCGAUCUCUAUAUGCUUCCCUCUACCUCUAUACCGAUAACGAUUCACAAAAUGUUGUGAAGUACACUCCGGAUCAGAUUAGGAAAAUGGAAGAGUUUAUUCGGAUUCGUAGGGCCUCUGAGCCGGUAGAGCUCAUUAAAUUGGUGAAGGAGCUUAAAGAAUUCUCCCAGGAAGAGACGGUGGAUGAAUUGCCUCAUCCAUUGAAACAGAAGAUUACCGAGGAAAUUCUUCUGAAGUUGAGAAGCUCGAAUGCUAGCUCAAACAAUACUCAGCAGAGAGAAGCAGUAGAAAGCUGGAGAAAGGAAAAAUUGGAAGAAGCAAAGAAGUUGAUCACAGAACAAAUGAUUGAAAAUUCAACUCUUUCUUUUGAAGACGCUGGGAUUCUAGUCAAAGCCUUGGAGAAUGAUUGGACAGCGCUGUCUGAAUCAAUUGGUCUUUGGAUACCUGCAGAGAUCUUCAACAAGGAACAUGAUGAUAAGCCUGAGGGCGUAGAUGAAUUUGAUGAUGAAAUUCUACCCGGUAGACCAGUUCCACCUGAAUGUCAUGCUGAGCUCCAUACGGAUUACGAUGGUGCUGCGGUAAGAUGGGGUCUAACUCAUCAUAAAGAAAGUGCAGCUGAUUGCUGUCAAGCUUGCUUGGAUCAUGCGAAACGUGCGCGGCCAGGUGACAGGAAAUGCAACAUCUGGGUUUACUGUCCAUCUGAGUUUGGAUGCCACUCACCUGAUAUUUACGAGCAUAAACAUAUGGAGUGCUGGCUGAAAUAUGCAGAAAAUCCCAAACUGAAUUUCAAGACCAACUAUCCGCAAUCUUAUAGGAACUCACACCCGACUGCGCCGCUGGUUGUCCCUUGGGUCUCUGGUGUUGUUAGUGUUUAAUUGUACAACGAAUCAGGCAAGCGAUUUGCGCUAAAAUGGUUAUGACUUCACUUGUCUUUCUUACAUUUGAGCAUCAUUGUCCAUAGAGUUGCCACGAAUGAAAAUUUUGAGGGUUGUUAGGUGUUUAGGGGACUAGCAUUUGAAUGAGUGUCUGUUUGAGUCAUAUCUUCUUACUCUUAUGUAAGAUGUAACAGGGAUUGGCGAUCCUGGUGCCCAUGACUUCCGAUUGACAAGUCUGGCGCCGAGAUGAGAUAGAACUUAGAAGUAACGUGAAAAAGAAAGGCUAUUUUGUUGACUAUUAACUUUUGAAAUUUAUUCAUUACGCUCAGGAUGUCAGUUUCUGAGUGAGCUUACCUCUUUCUCU